UUAGUACACAGCUGCCCUGGAGGGAGAAAGAGAUCUUAAGACAGUCUCGAGGAAGAUGAAGGAAUAUUUUAGCCCUUCUGACUGAUUUAAACUACCCACAUUUGCAGCUACUUUACUCCCAUAGGCUUUCCCCCACCUACACCACACAGUGGCAGGUGGCCUCAGAUCAGCAGAUGUGGUAGAAACCAUCUUACCUGACUGACAGAGGUUUGGAUCCUCCCCUAUUACUUGAGCAGGCAACAGAGUUAAGAGCUGAAGCUUCACUUUGCAGAGAGACUGCACGCCAGGCACGAGGCUCCCUACUCCUCCCCUCUACCACUCUGUCUUUUACUGGGCUCUUGUCCAGAGAAUGACUGGCCCCAGCGGACCUGAGAGGAGGAUCACACGCUGAAGACACAGAACAGCAGCUCUUACUCUGCAGACUGGGAUUUUACAAAUCAGCAGCUCGAACACCUAUAUGGGAUUCAGAGACUGGCUUGUAAUUUUUCCACUUUUUUUUUUCUUUAUCAGAUCAUAAACAGUGGAGCAAACGCUGCACUUGCUGACAGCUAAAAAAAACAAAACAAAAAAAAAAAAAACAGACGGACUGACAUAUGGACAGAGAGCAGUGAGCACUGCGGCGUGAAUGUAGCAACUGGACUUCUCUUCUCUCUGGUUGCUAAGACCAAACAAGGAUAAUAGCCAAAGCACUAUCCUUUCCACCAAAGGUAGUGGGUGGAUGCAGCUUUCAGCAGGCUGCUAUAGGGGAGAGCAGUCACUGCAUAGAGGCUGCCUGUAAAGCUGAUCGACACAGAGGUGAUUCUGAGAAAAUGCUCUGCUACCUUCAACUACAUUCUUCUUGAAUACUGAGGACUAUCUGCUGUGUUUAGUGGAAAUAUAUACAAAUACUUGUGGAGUUUCAACAUUUUUUGGACUUUGCUGCUCAUGCUGAGUGGACACAUAGCUUUUUAACCUAAUGCCUAUAAAAUGCUUAUCUUAGACAUCAUGGCAGGAUGGAUAAGGUCUGUAAAUCUGUCACUGAUGCUGCUGUGUCUUAUUCUGCUGGGAAUGGCUCACACUAAGCACAGCAUAUACCCAAGGAUACGACUCUCCCACAAAGAGCUUUGGCAGAUGAACAGGACCUGGAUCUUCCAGGGACGUGGAGUGCCUCUUCAGCCCCAGACCAUGCUGUUGGAUGAGAGCCACCAAAGGCUUUAUGUUGGUGCCAAGAAUGCUUUGUUCUCCCUCAACUUGGACAGAGUGAAUGCUCACUACAGACAGAUUAACUGGGCGAGUACUGAAUUUCAGAUAGAGGAGUGUAUGAUGAAGGGAAGGGAAAAGCCUGAAUGUGCAAACUACAUUAAAGUUCUGCAAAAGUACAACCAGACUCAUUUGCUGGUCUGUGGAACAGGAGCCUUUAAUCCCAUCUGUGCCUUGGUCAAAGUGGGACACAAAGGGCAGGAAACUAUGUUUGCUGUGGAAGAGGAGAGUGUUACGAGUGGGAAGGGACGCUGUCCAUUUGACCCCAACAGUUCUUGCAUGUCAACACUUCAUAGAGGAGAGCUCUACAUUGGCCUGUAUACUGACUACUGGGAGAAUGAUGGUGCUUUGUGUCGACUUAACCACCACACCUACACACGCACCGAAAGAAACGACAGGCAGCAGCUCAACGAGCCCAAGUUUGUGGGGUCAGCAGUUAUCCCUGACAACGAUGACAGAGAUGAUGAUAAAGUUUACUUCUUCUUCACUGAGCGGGAGACUGAUGGAGAAGGAGUGAACAGGGGAAUCCUUACCCACAUUGGGCGUGUGUGCGCGAAUGACCAAGGAGGACAGCGAAUGCUGGUAAAUAGAUGGAGCUCUUUCCUGAAAACUCGCCUCAUCUGUUCUGUGCCUGGACCAAAUGGCAUUGAUACACACUUUGAUAAUCUUGAGGAUGUGUUUGUGCUCACAAAGAAAGAUGAAAAAAACCCAGAAAUAUUUGGCCUCUUUAGCACAACAAGUGCCGUGUUUAAGGGCUAUGCUGUGUGUAUGUAUCAUAUGGAAGACAUAAGAGCAGCCUUCAAUGGACCAUUUGCAUACCGAGAGAAACUUGAGCAUCACUGGACACCAUAUGAAGGCAGAGUCCCGUAUCCUCGACCUGGAUCUUGUGCCAGUAAAGUGAAUGGUGGAGGUUUCUCCAGUUCAAAGGAGUUUCCCGAUGAGGUUUUGCGGUUCGUGCGCUCUCAUCCUGUGAUGUAUCGUCCCGUCCUUCCACAUCACCACAGACCUAUUCUCCUGCAGUCAGAGCCAGGCAGAAGAAAGCUGACCCAGAUUGCAGUAGACAAAGUCCAAGCACAGGAUGGACACUACCAUGUUCUCUACAUUGGCACUGAUGACUCUGUGGUUUUGAAAGUUAUCACCAUCUACAACAAAGACACAGACACAGUAGAGGAGGUGCUGCUGGAGGAGCUGCAAAUUUUCAAGGUCCCAGCUCCAAUCAAAGAGAUCAUAAUAUCACCCAAAAGGCAACAGCUGUAUGUUGGGUCAGAAGUCGGUGUUGCACAAAUCAGACUACAUCAAUGUGACCUCUACGGUUCAGCGUGUGCUGACUGUUGUCUGGCUAGAGACCCAUACUGUGCCUGGGAUGGUCUCACCUGCUCCAGAUACUACCCAGCUGGAGUUUUCACCAAGAGCAGACGAUUCAGGCGACAGGAUAUUCGCCAUGGCAACGCCGUACAGCUGUGCAAUGGACUGCAAAUUGAUGAUGAACAAUGGCAGAGGGCUGAGGAGAGGCUAAUGUACAGCAUUGAGAGCAACACCACUUUACUGGAAUGUGUCCCUCGAUCACUUCAAGCUAAGGUCCUCUGGUUCUUGGAGAAAGGAGGGGAAAAACAUGAGGUAAUAGGUGAUGAACGAGUCAUCGUGACGUCUCACGGGCUUCUGUUCUUACACGUGAGGAGCUCUGACGCUGGCAUGUAUGUGUGUCAGACUGUGGAACACGGAUAUGUGCACACACUACUGAGGAUCAACCUGCAUGUGCUCCGAGGAGAGAUUCUUCAGACAGCAAUGCACAAGCCUAACGAUGGAGACGGAGUUUCAGCUCAAUGCCACUCUAUCCUAGUCCCUGCACCUGCCCCCAGCGUCAAACCUCGAUCUCUGCAACCACUCUCAGUCCCAGCAUCCAACUCCAGGGUCUGGUACAAGGAGUUCCUGCAGCUAAUUGGUUACGGUGAUGCUCAGAAAGUGGAGGAAUACUGCGAGAGAGUGUGGUGCUCUGAUAAGAAACGCAAAAAGACCAAAAGGAAGUAUGUUUCUUUAGGUGGUGAGAAGAAAGGAAAAGGAAGGGGAGAGGAGAACUCCCACAGAGCUCCCAGGCACACUUUUGACACCUGAGGACAACAAAGACUCGCAACACAUAAACACACACACCCGCACACACUGUGUAAAGUUCAUACUCUGUGUUUGCACCAUGUAAGAAGAAUACGCUGUACGUUCAACAAGAGCUGCAAAAGAUAGAGUAGCAGAUUGCCUUACAAUUGUAGCUGCAUUUACCACUGAGGUCUUUUAUGCUUCAUUUAAAAGUCACAUCUAGUCUUUUUCUGUGAUGUAACCCUAUUAUUUACUGUAGACCCUGGAGGAACACACACAGACAUCACCAUUAGCACAGAAAAGAGACUCUCGUGGGAAAAGAUGGACAAAAUUGUGUAAAGUUUCCUCUAAUCAUUGAGACACACCAUGUAGGCUGAUCAAUGAGGACCCUGCAAGACUGCUUCUUUAAAUCUCAGCCUUUCUCAACACUUCACUGAGUGGCAGUAAUGAUAUUUUCUGUAAAAUAUGAGAAAACAAAUUAUAAUGUCAAACAUAAUUUUUAGUUGCAUGGUAAAUUAUUUUCUUUAUUUUUACACUGAGCUAUUUUGAUGUAAUAAUGUCAAAAACUGGAAGAUAGAUUGUUGUUCUGCUUGUAUGGUCAUAAGGCUAUGAGUUUAUAGAGUGAGACCGUAAGCAGUAUGUGUGGUUAUAAUGUUCACUAGACUACACAUUUUAGCAAGAUAUUUACAUACAUAGCAUAAGAAAGACACACAAACCUUUUCCAUUGUGUACUUGUUGUCUGACAUGAAAUCAGUUUAAACUUUUCCUGUUUUAGUUCAAUUAGGAUUACCAAAGUAAGUUGUAUUUGCUAAAUGUUAUAAUUUGAUAAUAAUAAUGAGAUGAUUUUAAAGAUAAUUUACAUUGCUUUCUUUAAAUUCAGAAGUUCACUUAAAUCUUCUUAGUAUUUGGUAACAAAACAUUUCAUCUGUAUGACUUUUAUCAAAUGUUUUGAGUAUUCUUCAGCAAGCGCUUUACUACAGUUUGUCAGAAUUUACAACGUUUUGCAAGCAGGACUUACAAAGUCCAGGCUUUAUCAGAUUGCUUAAAGUAAUAAUAUUCUUUGUGUGUGUAAACUUUUAACUUUAAAGAAAGGAAUAAAUAACAAAAAUUACAAUCUGGCACUUAGCAAAUACAACUAACUUUAGUAAUCAUAAGUGACCUAAAGUGUCAGAAGUUUACUCUGAUUGAAUAAUAGGCAGUAAGAAAAAUUGUUCCGUGUCAUAUUACACAGUGUUUGUAUUUAUCUAGUACCAACUGUUGCAAUGCCAUUGUCAUGGGUAUUUUGAGGCAUGUUUCAAAUAUAACUAUGCCCCCCAAGAAUACAAAUACUAUUUAUGCACUUGUAAAACCUAUUUCAAUGCAUAAAAAAAAUUAUCUUACCAGUGGUUUUUUUAUUUAUCCACUCUUACCUCUGGUACUGCUGAAGGUUUAAUCAAGUGAGUCAGUUGUGCAUAUUGUGUUUUGUAUUUGCUUUGAGGUUAUUUCUGUGUAGAUCUGGUUAUAUCUAUGUAAUCAAAUUGUAAUUUUUUCUUCUCUUGUGACUUUUUGUUCCCCCUGUAUCAAGUCCUGUUGUGAUUGACAAACCAUCUGAGACUCAUCUGCAAGAUGUCGUCUCAUCUUGAAGAUGAGAGGCAUAGUUAUCACAAAGAGUUAAUCUCAUUUUCCUCUGAAUAAAAAAAAUAGAAACAAAUAAAUGUUUCAGCAGCCAUUAAGGCAUGUCAUUAACAAAACAGAAGCGAUGUGAAUAUUCAUUUGAUUCUAAAAUGAUAGAAUCAACCAGAUGUUUUGUUUGAAGGCUUGUACUAGUUGUGCUCAUUUCUGUACUCAGUAGGGUCAUGUAUGCCUUUUCUCAGUUUGUGCAUUAUUUAUUGAUUUCUAUAUUGACUGUUUUGACUGCAUCUAAGGGGUAUUCAUAAUGUGGUAAGACAACUGUUACAUAUCUGUCAAAAGCUUAUAUCAGCAUUAUAUUCCUUAACUAUUAUAGUGGCAAAACCUCAAUAUUGUGAAAAUUGUGUAGAUUUUACCCUUAAAAUGCCUGCAAUUAAAAACAGGACUACUUUUCUUCCUUGCUGUUACCUGGUUUAAAGAAAGAAUUAAUAAAGGAUAUUCUAAGCUCAGGCACACAUAUAAAGAAAGAAAGAAUAAAACAUGUUUUACAUUC